AUGUGGGCUGUGCCACUGAACCGACGACCAAUCUUCGCCGCGAUGAUGGGAUCAAUGUAUGGAAUCGCGAGUGUGGCCGGACCCUUGAUGGGCGGUGCGUUUACGGACCGCCUCAGUUGGAGAUGGUGUUUUUACAUCAAUUUGCCUUUUGGCGGAGUGACUGCUUUCUUCAUCAUUUUCUUUUUCAGAGCACCCAAGUCUGUCAAGGACAAUUCCGGCUUCAAAAACCAAAUGGGGCAACUAGACUUCCCUGGAACUGCCCUGUUCAUGCCAUCAAUUAUCUGUGUAUUGCUCGCUCUACAAUGGGGAGGCACUAUGUAUGCCUGGAACAAUGCUCGGAUCAUAGCUCUUUUCGUUGUAUUCGGGGUCCUUCUCAUUGCCUUCUGUGGUAUACAGUGGUGGCAGCAGGACAAGGCUACGGUACCUCCGCGACUGGUCAAGAAUCGGAAUGUAUGGGGCGCUGCAGCUUACAGCUUCUGCGUUGGUGGAGCAUUUUUCAUCUAUAUCUACUAUCUUCCGAUUUGGUUCCAAGCGAUAAAAGGUGUCACAGCAACCAGGUCAGGCAUAAUGAACCUUCCGUUGCUCCUUCCUAUGAUUGUUGCCUCCAUUGCUGCUGGUGCUUGUGUCACUAUGGUUGGAUACUAUACACCGUUCAUGAUCGCCACACCGAUUCUCAUGUCAAUCGGUGGUGGGCUUCUGAGCACGUUAAAAGUCGAUUCAGGUGAUGCUGCAUGGAUUGGGUACCAGGUUCUAUUCGGAGUUGGCGUGGGCUUGGGUCUGCAGCAACCCAUGAUUGUUGUCCAAGCUGCUCUUCCAAUUGCUGAUGUCCCCACUGCAACGGCUAUCGUCAUGUUCACCCAGACACUAGGGGGCGCGCUUUUUGUCUCUGUCGCACAGAAUGUGUUUCAAAACCAACUGCGCAAGAACAUUCUUGCCAGAGCCCCCGAAGUUGAUAUUGCUAAGGUGGUUGGUGCCGGUGCUACGAUGCUGCGGCAGGCUGUGUCGAAGGACAUAUUACCUACAGUUCUCGAGUCCUACAACGAUGCUAUCACCCAGACAUUCUAUGCUGCAGUGGCCAUAGGGGCAAUUGGCUUCUUCGCGGCACUUCCUAUACAGUGGCUGUCCGUGAAAGGCAAGAAGAUUGAGGCGAUGGCUGCCUAG